AUGCCGCUUACUGGCGCGGAGAAAACUAGAAGAUACAGAGAAAAAUUAAAAAAUGAACGCCCGGAUGAAUAUGCUGCUCAAUGCAAAAGAAACUUAGAUCGACUGAAAUCGAAAAAAAAAAAAAAUACAGAGAUGUCAUCAGAAGAAGCCGAGUUGCAAAGAAAAAAAUGGCGUGAAGAAAAAAGAAAACAUUGUGCUAAGAUAAAAAAGAUAAAAAGUAUAACCAAAUGUACAAAUGAGCCAGAAAACCCCAUUGAUGGUUCAGAUUUAAUAACUUUAAACAGAUUCCGGCGAAAGUGUCGAUUUUUACUAAAAAAGUGCCGAUAUCUCCAACAAUGUACAGAUAAACUGAAAACACAAAAAGAAAAAUACAAGAAACGUCUGUAUCGCCUUAAAAUUAAAGAUAUGAAGGAAAUUAAUGACUUGAAUCUAACAAUUACUAAAAUGCGUGCUAGAGAAGAAGUGUUAGAAUCGACAUUGCAAAAAACAUAUCGAGGUACUAAAUCUCAAAAUGAUAAAAAGAUUCUUAAAAAAAUAGUAGACAAUUCAACAAACAAAACGGUCGUUACUAAAAUGCUGGGAUUGAUUGGCAAAGCAAGGGUACAAAAAAGGAAAAGAAAUCAAAUAAAUGUUUAUGAAAUAACACAAUUUUAUCUACGAGAUGACGUGAGUCGGAUUACAUCAGGGAGAAAAGAAACAAGGACACAACACAAAGAGAAAAAGCAGAUAAGGUACCUGAUGGAUACGCUGGUCGAAAGCUACAAAAAAUAUAAAGAUGGCGGUGGGCGAUAUGGCUUAACGUCUUUCUUCAAUCAUAAACCAUUUUAUGUGUUAUCACCUCACCUUAAUGCAAGAGACACAUGUCUUUGCAUCAAACAUAGUAACCUAGAAUUUCUACAUUCUGCUAUAAGACGAUGUGGAGCGCUGAAGAUGGGAAUGAGACAGGUUUUGAGUAACGUAGCUUGUGACACAAAAAGCUAUACUUGUAUGUAUGACAAAUGUGAAUCAUGCAAAGAUAAAAAACUGAAUUUCGAGAGUUCUGAAAACAGUAAAACGGACGAUUCUAAUAUUGUAUCCUGGCUUCGUUGGGAACGUCAAGAUCACACCUAUUCAAAAAAAGAAGGAAUUGAAACCAAACAAAUUAAAACAAAAAGGACUAAAAAGAUAACUAAAUCAGGGACAUUAGAGGAUCUGAAAAAAUUUUUUAAUGAAGAACUGCAUAAUUUCAAAAAACAUUACUAUAACAUGCAACAACAGCAAAGCCAAUAUCGGAAAGCCAUUUCACAAUUAAAAGACAACGAAGUAGUUUUGGUCUGUGAUUUCUCCGAAAGUUAUGAAGCUAAGUUAGCCAGUGAAAUACAAGCUAUGCACUUCGGGGCGUCAAAACACCAGAUAACUUUGCAUACUGGCAUGGUAUAUUGGCAUAACAAAUCACAAUCAUUUUGUACCCUUGCUGAAAGUAAUAAUCAUCAACCUCCAGCAAUCUGGGCUCAUUUGACUCCAAUCAUUCAAUUAAUUAAAGAAGAAACUCCAAAUCUAGAUGUCAUACAUUUUUUUACUGAUGGACCGUCUUCUCAAUACAGACAAAAGAAUAACUUUUUUUUGUUUGCCUACUUUGCUAAAAAACUGCAACUCAAUUUUGCUACUUGGUCUUUUUUUGAGUCAGGCCAUGGUAAAAGUGUGGCUGACGGAAUCGGGGGCAGCGUCAAGCGCACUUUGGACAGAAAGGUUUGCCAAGGAGUUGACGUCACUGAUGCCAAGGAUGCCUAUGAUAUUUUGAAACAAUGCCUCAAGGUCACGAAGGUUUUUCUAGUUCCAGACAGUGCCAUAACUGCCAUAACUCAUAUUUUGCCUAGAAAUAUACAACCAUUAAAAGGAACCCUGCAAGUACAUCAAAUUAUGACCCACGAUGAAAAUAUUAUAAAAUUCAGAGAUGUCAGCUGCUUUUGUGAACCUCUUCGAGGACGCUGCGCCUGCUUUCAGCCGCAAAUCCACUCAGUCGUUUCCAAAACUAACAGAGGUGGUGACAGAAUCCAGCGAGUACAAUCUUUGGCAAAACCACCUGAACUAGCACAACCCGAAUGCCAAGUAUUUGAUGACAUUUCAUUACAGCAUGUCAACAAUCAAAUUAAACAUAAAGGAAUCAUAGACUCAUUAGAAGGUGGCUCGCUGGACUCGGCUUUGCCAGAUUUAGUAGGGACAUUUGAUAUUUCAGAUAUGGAAUCUCUGAAAAGUCUUGAUGUUAAUAUAAACAAUUCAGAAGGACCUGUAGAGCUUAUGGAUAUUAAUGUUAUGCCAAUUAUUUUUGCACCGGUACCCAAGAGCACAGUCAGACAAACACCUGGAAAAGAAAAUAAAACCAUAAAAAAGACUUUUACUAUAUGCCAAAAAUGUAAAGCUUCGGUUGUAGGUCGGAAAGCAAAUUGCAUGUCAUGUAAGAAAAAUUACUGUGAGGAAUGCACCGCCGGUCCUCAAAAAUGGGAUUAUCUUUGUGACAUAUGCUUGGAAGGAGGUAGUCUAGCUGGUGUAAUUCUAUACGUAAUUAUUUUUAUAGUUCUUGUUUAUGUACUAAAUUAA